AUGGUGACCACAAGAUCAAUGCGUAGCAAUACGCUUGCCAUGGAGAUCGACAACGAUGGCAGCGACUAUGAAAUGCACGAGACCAACGAUGAGAACGACAAGAGCUUCAUUGAAGACCAAGGCCAAGACGAGGACCAAGAUGAAGGCGAAAACUUCAUAGGAGAUGACGAUGAAGAUGGUGAUGAAAACGACGAUGGAGAUGAAUACGACGAUGAAGACGAUAGAGACGAAUACAACGAUCAAGAUGAUGAAGACGAAUACGACGAUGAAGAUGGCGAUAAAGACGAAGACAAACACAUUGGAGAAGACGAAGGUUAUAAUGAUUGCAAUGCUCAACAACCUUGUCAAAAGGUCUUCAAAGACAGAGAAUCCCUUUUGAAACAUGUCAGAGCUUGUGCUGCUUGUCCUCUCAAGUACAAACAGCAUGAGGACUGUGCAAGAAGCCCUGAGAAGUAUUCAGAUUGGUCUUUGAAUACGCACAACGGCCUUGGACACGACGAUAUUAGCAUGGAAUGCCCGUUCCCACCCUGCCGCUUCCGAACCCAGACACGAGAAAGAUUGCUCCGACACCUAUCAAUGCCCCAUGGCAUCCUUUCAAACUCGGUACCGUCUCUCCUCCAGUUCAACUCCAUGGAGGUUUACGGAUAUGAAGACACGAAGGACUCUGGCAUUACCUACAUAAACGUUGCCCAGCACUUGGUGAACAUAACCUAUCCUGAUGUAUCAGACGACCUCCAAGGUCUUUGCGAAGUAUCGCCCUGGGGACCGCGCCGGAGUUCCACGCCAAGCAGCUCAUAUAUAUAUGGGAAGCUUUUGGCCCACGCGGACUUCAUGAAGGAAGAAGACAUCUGGCCCUACAAUCUACACAGACUUGCACUGAAGCCCAAUUACAACGGUUUCAUACGCUAUCGAGAAGAGAUGGUUGACAGAUCUGCCGUCUUGACACCCGUGCGAACGGCCGUGGAGACGACACUGAACCGAGCGUCGACGGCCACAAUACGUCAACCCCAAGAAGCCUUAGAGUUCCUAUCUGAUCCCCAAAGGAGCUACGGUGGGAUGUCAACCGAGGAGACUGCCUAG